GAGGCAGAUUUAUUUUAUGUACACGAGGGAGCAAUAAACACAUACGCAAUGCAUUUUACGGUACCGGUGCCGGCAGAUGUACAUGACCUCGAAUUUUCGUGGCAAAGUCUCACAGCUUAUCCGCUGCCAUAUGCAAUUACCAUCGAUUAUGACCAUGAUCAGGAGGCUUUAUCCUUACCCACCCUUAGUAUACCUGAAAAAGGUUAUGUGCCACAGCAGGUGGAAACAUUCCUAGUGCAUUUGCCUUGUAGUGGCAACGUUACCGAACAAGUCCCCCUCAGUGUAAAUAUGCUGGUGAGGGGACCGCCACGACAUAAUGACACCAAAUUACAUUUCAAACGUAAUAAAAUUUGUAUUAAAGGUCUUUUUCCAGCUCCCAAUCAAUCGCCAGCUCCGGCACAUGCUCCCUCACAGGGACCAGCCUUGUUGGGUGCUGCCGCCUGUGCUUUGGGUCUGGUUUUAGUUGUGGGUCUUAUAGCCAGCACCAUGUAUUUAAGGGCCCGCAAACAAAUACGUCAGGAUUCAUUACACACCAGUUUUACAACCGCUGCUUAUGGCAGUCAUCAAAAUGUCUUUAUACGUUUAGAUCCUUUAGGCCGUCCACCCAGUGCAAAUAGUGGUUCAUAUGCCACCAUAGCAAGUCUCAAUAAAUAUCCUUGUGAAUCGAAGAAGUCAUGCAACAUAUUUGAAAAAUUUCGUAGUUCACCCACACCCUCACCAUAUGCAACAGCUUUACUGCCCAUGGGUGAUCAGAUAGCAGAGACAAUUUAUUCGAAACCCGAAUCAGUGUGUCCCUCGAGAAUUUCAUAUUAUGCAUCGUCACAACUAACACAGGUCUAUAGCAUGUCUACACCCAAGUCCAGUCGAGGUAAUGGCAGUAUCUUUGGAGGAGCCAGUACAGCGGGUGGCAGUAGUGGAGAUCCCAAGGAAAAAAUGCGUCGUAUACCCAAUGUCCAACCAGGUACUUUGGAAUGUGAACAACUGAUAAAAGAAGGCACUUAUGGUCGUAUAUAUGCUGGUAAAUUGGGUGAUUCAUGUGAUGUUCUCAUAAAAACCGUAGUGGAUGGAGCUUCGCUAACACAAGUGGCCUGUUUACUGCAAGAUGCUUCAAUGCUAAUUGGCAUUGGCCAUCAGAAUGUUAUGGCACCUAUGCUGGCCAAUACAGAGUUGCCGGGACCACCGGAAAUCGCAUAUCCUUAUCCCUCGAAAGGGAAUUUAAAAAUUUUCUUACAAAAGUCCCGUGAAAUGAAUGCUUCUUUAAGCACCCGACAACUAGUGGAGUUUGGCCUGCAUGUUACCAAAGGUCUAGCUCAUUUACACUCAGUGGGUAUAAUUCACAAAGAUGUGGCCACCAGGAAUUGCUAUUUGGAUUCUGAUUCCUAUGUUAAAAUAUGUGAUAAUGCCCUGUCACGUGACCUCUUCCCAGACGACUAUCACUGUUUGUGUGACAACGAAAAUCGGCCUUUAAAAUGGAUGGCUUUAGAGUCACUGCAGCAGAAAAAUUUCUACAAUCAAUAUUCGGAUAUUUGGAGUUUGGGUGUUUUAUUUUGGGAAUUGGCUACACUGGCUAUGACGCCUUUUGAGGAGGUGGACAUAUUUGAAUUGACUCCAUAUCUCUCGGAUGGUUUUCGUUUAUCACAACCCAUCAAUUGUCCGGAUGAAUUUUUUACCGUCAUGUCCUGCUGUUGGCUGGUGGAUCCCAAGCAACGACCGUCCUUUCCACAACUAAUUGCAUAUUUACAGGAUUUUUAUGAAGAUUUAAGUAUGUACAUAUAAAUCAUUUUACUUUUAGUUUAGUUUUUAUUUCAAUCAUAGACAAAAAAACUCAACAAAUUUACAUCAAUAAAGACAGAAAAAAAUCACUACAAACUUUGAAAGUUUGAAAUGAACAAAUGAUGGGGGGAAUAUUAAAUUUAUUGUUGUUUUCUUUUAUCAAAAAAAAGGACCUGAAUAUUUAAAAGUCCUUAUUUUAUAGAACUUAAACAAAACAAAAAGAAAGUGAACAUUAAAAAAUUAAAAUAAAAUAAUUAUAAUAAAAAUAUAUAGAAGAUAGAGAGCCUCAGAUAGUAGGGAAUACAAAUUUUCUCAUUCAAAAUUAAGGUUGAUAUAUUUUGAAGUUACACUCAAAUAAGUUGGACUCAAGCUCUGAAAUGGUGCAAAACCUUUAAUUUAAGACAGAGAAACGGUCACUUUAAAACGAAAUAUUUUGGAAAAAAUCGACCCUAAUUUUUCAAAUGGUAGCAUUUUUUGAGGUAAUCUACGGUAUGAACAUUAAUUUUAAUAGUUAGAAUAUGUAAAUAAAUAUUUAUUAAAAAUUAAGAAAAAUGAAAAUGAUAUUAUGAUUGUUAUUGUAUGAAAUAAAAUAUAAAUUAUAAAACAUUUUUAAUUAUAGUCAAAUGAAAAGACAAAUUUUCAGAAUUAAUUUAUUUCAUCAUAAAAAUAAUGAAAUUAAAAAAAAAGAAAUAAAUUAUUUAAUAACUAAAGAAAAACACUUGCAAGAAUUAAGACUAAUUAUUACAAAAAUAAACUAAAUUUAAAAACAAAAAAUUAACAAAGAAAAUUAUUGAUUUUAAAACAGCAACAACAACAACUAAAUAUCUAUAUACAAUUUAGGUUAGUUAAACAAUUGAAAAUUGAAAACAAUUUGAAAUGAUUUUAAAUGUUAUAUAAAUAGAAAAUCCAUUUACUACUUGUACUUGUACUCAUACUCGUAACAUACUUAUUACUUAAGUAUUUAAAUACUAGUCAAAAAAAAAAAAAAAGAAAAAAUAAAACACAAAUAAAUAAUUCAAGACACUUUUUGCUCUUUCUUAAGAAAAACACUUACAAAAAAACCAACAAAAACACACAAUUAUCAAUAAGGUUUUAAAAAUACAUUUAAAAAAAUUAAGAAAGCACGGUGGGCCGUAAGUUGUAAAAUGAAUAUUAGAAAGCUUUUCUAAAGUUCGUGUUUUUAAAAAAGCUUUUUUAAACAAAACAAGUUUCGUUUUUAUGAAACAUAUUCGAAAAAUUAAACUUGAAAGCUUUUUUGGACUGUAAAAAUGAAAAGUAGAAUGCUUAGAAUAAAUUUAAAAGCUUUUCUUAACGAAAUUGUUUUAUAAAAAAGCUUUUCUUAUAAAAAAAGUAAUAUUUCGAUGUUUCGCCUUUAUAAAAAAUGUAAAAGCUUUUUUUGGUUAAUGUGAAAAAGCUUUUUAGUGUUGUAGUAAUAGGUCUCUCUUACUGAGUAUUUUGGAAAGCUCUUCUUGGUAAAUAUUGAAAAAGUUUUUAUUUUAAAUGUAUUAGUUGUGUCUAGCCGAGACUUUCUCAAUAAUUACUUGAAUGUUUUAAAAAUAAGAAGAACUUUAGAUAGCACCAACUGUUGAACUGUUUGCCCUGCUAAUGAAGUUUCCAUGCUAAAAGCUGUGAUUUAGUUAUUUCAGAACACUUUUUGUUUUGCUGCAAUUUUGGUCAAUUAUAAAAAGAGCUUAAAGCUUACCAAAAUGGCAUGAAUCCUGUAAAAUAAACCUAAGCGAAAAUUAAAAAAAAAGUUCCGCUGGUUCAAAUUCCGUAAUAUUUUCUACAGGGAUUAAAAGCUCCUCAAAAAUCUUGCUCAGAUAUAGUAACCCUUCGAAAAGAGAUUAGAAACAAAAAUGUGGAAAAAGCUUUUUAGUGGGAAAGUAAUAGGUUGGUCUAAGCGACACUUUCUCGCCAAUGUUCAAAAUGUUUUAAAAAGUAAGAAGAACGUUUUUUUAUUUAUGUUUCAGUUUCCAUACUUGAAAGCUCAGGAACCAUUUUGUUUUAUUAAUUUUAAUACAUUUUUCAGCGUACAUCCGGUGAAAUUAACCAAAAACGCAAGUUAAUAAGAAAGGUUUUUAUGGGUCUAAUUUCAACUAGAAUUAAAAUUUCUUCGAAAUUUUGUCCAAAUAAGCUUUAUAAUAAGGAUCAGAAAUUAAAAAUUGCAAUCAAUUUUAACAUAUCUCAGGUUUCCCGACUUGAGAACUUCAGGACCUGCCUUCGGUGGAUUAAUGUGGUCCAAAUUCAGAAUUUAAACUCAAAACUUUCUAGAAAUUACAGAUUCAGAACUUAAACUCAAAACUUUCUAGAAAUUAAAGAUUCACUCACUGUGCGCUAGAGUGAUAUUGGAGGAAAGCUUUAUGGAUAGACCUAUACCAAAUUUUUGACAAGAAAUCAUUUAUACCGGAUUUAAUUUUUAUACACACUUAUUUCAGAGAUUUAAUAAUAACAAACCGUUUGAGGGGGCCUAAUAAGAGGAGUAAACUUUAAGAGAAGCUUAUAGCAUAACAAAGAGGUCGUAAAUUCGGUAAAACAAACCACAGAAACAUAUUUCACUGCUUUCAUUUCUGUACUGCAAUUAAAAGCUCUUCGAUAAAACUGUUUAAAUAUGUUGAGUUUUUAAAAGAAAGAUCAAUAAUAUCAGACUUACUGUUUAGAUAUAGACGAUUAUUUUCCUUUUUUUCUACAUUCCUCACUGUCGGUGAAGGUCUUAAGUAUAAAGAUCAACAUCAACCGCAAAAUAAUCUUCGUCCCACUGUGCUAUUUUAAUAAGAAAACCUAAAACUCAAAUACACUACUAUGUAGUAAAGUAAUCUAAAAUGUUAAAACUCUUAAUCAGUGUCAGUCAGUCAAUGGUUGUUGGUUGUCUUGGUCUUGUAUGUUCUUUUUCUUUUUUUUAGAUUUUAUUUCCAUUUCAAUGUCUCUUAGUUGACUCUCAAAUAAAAAUCGGUCUCGUAAAUGUCUUUUGUUUAAAAUGUUGUUUUCAGCAAUUUGGUAUUUCUAUGUAUUAUUGUAUGUGUAAUGUUUUUCUCUAUAAAUCUGUGUAAAAGUAAAGUAAGUUUAUUUGUGUAUAAUUGUGUAUAUAAAUUAUUUAAUAUGUUAGUAGUAGUGUGAAUAGGAAAUAAAAGAAGAAGAUAGAAACAAACAAAAAAAAAACAACACUACUGCUGCAUAAACAAAUUGUGAUUGUUAAACCAUUGAUUAAAACUUAAAAAUAAAAACUAAAAAAUACAGAUGUAAAACUUAUAACUACUACAUAAUAAAAAACAACAACUAACACUCCUACUAAUACUAAUAAUAGUUACAAUUACUACUAACAAAAACUAGAAAAACAAAUAGAAAACUUUUUUUCAGUAAAAAAAAAAUUCUAUGAAAAUGUGUAAAAAUGUGAAAAACAAAUUAAAAUAAAACAAAAAAAUAAGAAAACAAAUGCAUAUACAUACAUAUGUAUGUAUGUGUGUAUGUUUUGUUUUCAUGUAAACUAAAACCGCCCUCCUCCCUUUCUCUCUAAAAUCUUUUAGUCUCACUCUCUCACUAUAGUAUUCCUUAACUAAAUUUUAUAUAUGUAAAUGUAAAUAUCAAAAAUAUCUAUAUUAUUCCUUUUUCUGUAUGCGUGUAUCUAAAACUGUUUGUAUGUAUGUAAGUGUAAAAAAAAAACGUAUAAAUGUUAAUGUUGUCCUUAAGAAAAUUUAAAUUCAAGUAAAUUUACAAGCAAAUAAAUGCAUUUUCAAUGAAGAACAAAAGAAAAAACUGGUAAAAAUAUAUUUUUACUCACUUUGGGUUUCCAUAAAAUUUAACCUGCAACAACAAAUAGAAAAAGAGAUAAAUAAAAUUUUAAUAUAAAAAAACUGUUA